CCGGCGCGCGGCGCAGAUGUCGAGAGUAUACCUGCUGAUACCUGCUUUUCCACAAUAAAUUAUACUAUUAAUUUCAUAUUAUAACGAGACUAACGUUGAUGUCAACCGUGUCAGAGCACAAAUAAUAAUUUUGUGUUAAUGAAGUUCAUAAAACUGAAUACCACGUGAUUUAAAGUGUUUCACAAACUUUUCGAUUCCUGUUUAAAAAACUACUCUAUGAGCUAUGUAAGACAGAAAAAUGAACUGAAAUUGUGCCAUUUUUGUAUGUGUCAUAUACGUGGCCUACAAUUGUUUUUUGCAACAGUGAAAAAACUCAUUUGGAGAAUAACGAAUCACGAAAAUUAAUCAUGGAAUCUCAUCCAUGCGAACUUAUCACAAAUACUGAAACAUCAGAAAAUCAUCAUGAGAAAGUUACUCCUGAAAAACCGACGAUGCUUCCUCCUGAGAACCUAUCAGAUGAGACUCUAAAUACUGAUACGACAACGAUCUCAACUGAAGAUGUCAGUUCUGUGGAUGAGAUCGUUGACAAGAUCAUGUCAGAAAGAAUGGAAAGUGCUCCAAUCGAAAUAUGCAAACCUUCGGAUACUAUUCCAGAAACCGUCAAUGAUCUCCCAAAUACUGAAACACUCACUGUUAAUAAAGGAAACUCAGAAAAUUCCUUUGAAAUUGGAAAAUCUGCUGGGAGAUCGGAAACAGAGGCAAAAGUGGAAAUACUCAACGCCAAUGCUUCACUUGCGUUUUUAGCUGUCGCUUACAAUUCCUCAGAUUCAGAGAACGAAGAUAUCGAAGAGCUUGACAAGAAAAUUGCUAAUGAUUCUGUAUAUAGGAUCGAUUCAACAAUUUGUGCUUCAGACAGCGACAUCUGUUCCAGCGAGGAAAGCAACAAUUCAGAACCAUCGGAUGAUGAAAGUGGAGACAACCAAGAUGAUGAGGAAACCAAAAAAAAACUUGGAAAUGGAAGAAACAAAAUGCGGGAAAGAGAAACGAAAGGAGAAUUUGACGAUUUGCCACCAAUUGAGGAGUUGCAGAUCGUUGUUCCAGAAGUUCUGUGCGAUCCCUUGGGCGAGGUAGGUUGGAUGGCCGAACAAAUGGUGGUGGUCAAGCCAAAACCAGAAAAGCCUACGCUCAAUCUUGACACCAUUUUAUUCCUGGAUCGUGGACGACGAGUUCUCGGUCGGAUUUUCGACGUAUUCGGCCAAGUUUCGGAACCUCAUUAUUGCGUACGUUUCAACAGUUCCGAGCACAUCACGCAGUCACAAAUAAAAAUCGGAAUGAUUGUUUAUUUCUGUCCAAAUACGCCCUAUACUUCUCUCGUUUUUCUUCACGAUCUAUUAAAGAUGAAAGCCACGGAAGAAAUCAGCGAUCAAGAGCAUCCCGAAUUUUCCGACGAUGCUGAAGAAAAAGCCUAUUACGCAGCUUUGAACAAAAAGUCGACAACUGAGGAAAAUCCUAAAAAACUUCAAAACAAACGUCGAAAAAUGAACCAAGGGCCCGGCUGGAAAUCGAACCACCCUUGGAGCAGUGGACGAAAUCCGGAGAUGAAGAACCACAAAUAUGACGAAACGACGGAAGGGUUGACCAAUCAGGAUCAAAAUUCACAGAAUCAAGGUCAAAGAAAUGUAGGAUGGCAUCAGAAUGCUCCACCGCAUUUCUGGCAAUAUCCUCCCUCAUACAAUGGAUGGCCAGCCGUCGGUCCCCGGGGUGAAAAUAAUUGGCAAAAUCCUUAUAGCGGGCAGCAUGCUCAACAGCAAUCGCCACAACUACGAGGAAUGCAAAUUCCUCCAAAUCCUUACGUUCACAAUAUGCCUCCUUAUCAAAAUAAUGCGCAACGAUUUCCAAUGCCCAAUUUUCAAUGGCAUUCGCAUAUGUCCCGAUUCCCCGGUUAUUCGUGGCCUGGCUUGCCUCCACCCCCACCUCCGGGAGUUUGAAUUAUUAGAUUCAUUUUUCUGUUCUGAAUUUCUUUUCGGACUGUCCGAAUUAUCUUUGGACAAUGCCGUUGGCCACGCGGGUAAUGAAAUCAAUAACAAAGUGAACAUAAAUUUUCUACGUUGUAAUAGAAUGUAUAGAUUUUUUAUUGAUAUGUUCCGAUUAAUAAAAUCCAUUCUAGAAAAAUUGUAAAUUAAAUCCAUUUUUCUAGAAUAUUUUUUCUCGCAGAUUCUUAGAUUAUUUCGUUUUGUUUCUGGGCCCCAAUAUCGAAUAUCUCGCUGCUCUUCUCCCCUUCAGAAAUUCACGAUCGUUGUACUACUUGAACAUUUCCGGUGCUCCGAGACGAUUCUCCGCAAAUUCAAUAUCGUUGAUUAUUUGAUCAAUUCCUCUGUGAAGAGUAAAAAUGUCAUAAGAUCUUGUGAAUCUUAGAUUGAUAAGAAAAACUGUUUUAAUAUAAGAUUUUUCCAACGCA